CACCAACAUAAAAUCCAUAAAAAUAUUCUCACAAAUUUGUGACAAUACUGUGUUGUCAUGAGCGGCGGUGGAAACACAAUCACCCCCAUGGGAGGUGGUGGUUGUGGUGGAAGAAGUAGCGGCAGUGGAGGAACUAGUGGCGGUGGUGGUGGUGGGCCAUGUGGUGCUUGUAAGUUUCUAAGGAGAAAGUGUGUUCCAGGUUGUAUAUUCGCACCGUACUUCGACUCUGAGCAAGGUUCGGCUUAUUUUGCGGCGGUGCAUAAAGUUUUCGGAGCCAGCAACGUCUCAAAACUUCUAUUACACAUACCGGUUCAUCGACGGUCCGAUGCAGUUGUAACCAUUUGCUAUGAAGCUCAGGCUCGGAUAAGGGACCCUAUCUAUGGUUGCGUCGCUCACAUCUUUGCUCUUCAGCAACAGGUGGUGAAUCUACAGGCAGAAGUCUCUUACGUACAAGCCCAUUUGGCAUCUCUAGAGCUACCUGACCCGCAAACGCGACCACCACCUCCACCGCAAUCGCAACCACAAUCACUCUUCUUCACUCCUCCACCACUUUCCAUAACAGAUUUAGCUGCAUCAGUCUCACCAUUACCUUCAACAUACGACUUAGCUUCUACCUUCGAUCAUGCAGCGUCUCCUUCGUCGUGGGCAACACAACAACGAAGAUUCGUUGAUCCACGCCACCAAUACGGAAGAUCAUUGUCAUCUUCUUCAGCAACCGUAGGGCUAGCUGGUGGAAACAGUGACCUUGAAGCAUUAGCACAUGAGCUCCUACAUAGGCAAGGAUCUCCUCCACCUACAACUACCGAUGACUCGCCGUCUCGGACUAUGUCUAGAUGAGUUUGGCUGUGAUCAAUAUAUGUAUCUCCCCUUCGUUUUUAGCAAAAAUAAAUUGCUACUCAAGAAGUUUUAGUUUCCUCAGAAUAUUAUAAGGACUUUUCUAACAUUUAACUAUAGUAUUGUAUUUUCCCUUCUUUUUAUUCCGGUUAUUCUUCUUUGCUGUAUUUUUCACCUAAAAUGCGAAUACAUAAUCAUACAUAGAUUUAAUCUGUUACC